UGGCGUGACUUGACGCUUUGUGUGUUGGCGACGGUGGCAGUGAGCCCAAGACUCCGUUUUUUGGUCAGUGUGUGUGAAGUGCUGGAUUGUCAGUCAUCUGUGAUUUUAUAUCGGAAUAACGUUGACGUAACCGAAUAGGCUCUCUGACAUUGUGAAGACGUCAUGGAUUUCGCGUGAAUCUCCGAUUUUUUGAUCACCUCGACAACAUUGUUUUGAAGGCCUGUAGCUACUGCUAACUAACGUUACAGGAAAAACUCGAGCUACUGUGGCUAGCUAGGGGUGAAUCCUGGGCCGAGGAAAACAAGUGAGGCGCUGGUGCUAAUUGUUGUCGUUUUUGGAGUCAUACUACUCAAACCCUUUCAUCAAAUGUUGACUGGUCGUCUUAUGAAUUCGAAUGGUGGAUAUAAAACAUCGUAAAACUGUCAGACUUCUUUCCCUAGCCAUUUAAUAGCAACUUAGCAAUAACAAGCUAACUAACUUAGCUUAUUAGCUACUUAUUUCAGCGCUUGCUAGCCAGCCAGCUAAUGAUGAAGUAUUAACUUAGCCAGCUCGCUAGCUGGUUGAAGUUCUUGGUAUGAUUUCUAAAGUACAGUAACUAUUUAAUAUUUGUGAUGUAUGUAAGCUUCGAGUAUGACACCGUUUGGUGUCAAUUGAGAGUAAUUCACAGGUUGCUACAUAUGUUAGCUUAGUAAAUUAGCCCAGUUACCUAUUCUUAAUAUCUAAUCACACUAGUAAGUUCAGUUCGGCAACUAUAAAGGGUUAUAGCGAGGUAGAAAAGUUUCCCCAUCAAGUGUUUUUGAACAGCAAUACCAUUAAAGGUUCAUUUAAACCACCCAUUAGCAUUGAUCAGUCAGAUUCUUUCCCCUAUGAAGCAUCACUGUCGAGAGUGGAUGUUGUCUGUAUCAGCAGAUUACGUUUGUUCUUCUUGGCACUGCUGAUUAACGGCCAACACGUGAGCAGCUGCAGGUCAUACAAACUUACUGAUCGGCCCUUGCGCGAUACUGACAAACGACACAAUGAAUCGCUAUCUGCCAGUUGCACGACAGCACUUCUUGGGUGCAUUAACCAACACCAGCGUUGUGGUGAAGUCCAUAAGUGCCAUAGUGCUACUUCUGUAUCUGCUCUCUUGGGCAGUUGACACUCCAUACGCCCUGGGUGUGACGCCUGGCUAUCUCUUCCCCCCUAACUUCUGGAUCUGGACCCUGGUGACCCAUGCUGUGGUGGAGCAGCAUGUGUGGGGAUUGGUGGCCAAUGUUGGGACUGUCAUGGCCUGUGGCCGGCUGUUGGAGCCUCUGUGGGGCGCCUUGGAGCUGCUAAUCUUUUUUGCCGUGGUCAACAUCUCUGCAGGCCUCCUGGCGGGCCUCUCCUAUUUGCUCACGUACGUCGCCACCUUUGACCUGGACUACUUGUUUGCUGUGCGAGUCCAUGGGGCACCAGCUUUCCUCGGGGGGGUGUUGGUGGCCCUCAAGCAGACCAUGGGGGACACGACUGUGCUGCGGGUUCCACAGGUGAGGCUCAAAGCGUCCCCGGCGCUGGUCCUCCUCUGCCUGGCCCUGCUACGCCUCUCUGGCCUGCUGGAGAAUGCUGCACCACUGGCGGCCUACAGCUUUGGCGCCCUGGCAGGCUGGGUCUACCUGCGCUUCUACCAGAGGCACAGCCGGGGCCGUGGGGACAUGUCAGACCACUUUGCCUUUGCCUCAUUCUUCCCUGAAGUGGUGCAGCCAGUGGUGGGGCUGCUGGCUGGCCUGGUGCACGCAGCCCUGGUGAAGAUCAAGGUGUGCAGGAAGAUGGUGAAACGCUAUGACGUCGGGGCACCUUCCUCCAUCACCAUCAGUCUGCCGGGGGUGGAUCCCCAGGACACAGAGAGGAGGAGGCAGUUGGCGCUGAAGGCCCUGAACGAGCGACUGAAGAAGGUGGAGGACCAGUCGGCCUGGCCGAGCAUGGAUGACGAAGAGGACGACGAUGAGGACGAGGUCCGGGCCGACACCCCGCUGCUCUCUGGACAUGAGAGAACCUCGCCAGUAGGGGGGUCUAAUGGUUCCCAGAACACCACGGGACAGGAGUCCAGCAUCAUCAGCUUUGAGGACGCUCCCUCCAGCUCAUAACAGACACACUGAUACACACUCAGCUAUACUAAGUUUUGAAUAGCACACACACUACAGUGACUACACCCCCCCCCCACACACACACACACACACACUAGCUCUAGCAGUUUUUGACACAUUGUCAGGCUUAUCAGUUUUUCGCUCUGACUCGCCGAAGUUGUACACAGAUUGCUCUCCUGGCCCCACCCGCAUAUGUCCAUUGAAACAUGAAUGCAAUGUACAAACACAUUGGACUCUCCCUGGUUUGUCACGUCUCUCCUGAAUAAACUAUUGAAUGGUUGUACAAAAUGUUUUUUUUUUAAUUACAGCUCUUUUGACCCGAGACGCCUGCUCCACACCUACUGCUCUCGUCUGACUCCCAGACCUUGUGUCUGAGACGCCACGACCAGAGCAGAGACUCUUGGUAAACUCUCCAUCAGUUGCUGUGUGUGUGUUGCUAUUGUCCCAGAGCAAGCUUUCAGCAGACGGAUGCAGAUUCUCAAUGGUUUUCUAGGUCAUCCUUUUGUGCUGAUUGGUGUUUAGUCUUCAAUGUCUUUGACAUCUUUUCUCUCUUCUCCAUCACUGAAAGACUGAAAGACAGUUAUGGCCAAAUAUAUAUUGACACACUUGCACUUUCCUUAAAUAAUUCCCUAUUACUUCUAAAAUAAAUUGAAAUUAAAAACAAACUGCAACCACACACUGGAUUUUUGACAUUGCAGAACCAAUUUAGCUUAUUUAUCAUUUUAAUUUAGAAAGUAAAGACCAAUGACAAAAUAAUUGGCAACCUUUGGCCAAGAUAACUGCAUAUAAACGCUUCAUCAAUGAGCUUGCUGCACCUUUCUGCUGACAAUUUGGCCCACUUUUCAGCAGCAUACUUCCAUAAUUCUUCAAUACUUCAGGGGGGCCAUCCACCAACUGCGGUUUUCAGAUCUCGCCAAUACGUUUUUGAUGUGACUUUGCUGGCCACUUCAGAACAGUCCAGCAUCUCUUCUUAACCAUUCCUGGAUGCUUUUUGAUGUGUGUGUGUG